AAGCAAGAUUCUAAAGGACAUCUACCAACUCCCCAUCAUCGAUCGUGCCAGGGAACAAGAAGCCGGUGAGAAACAAAACUUUCCACGGCUCCGCCUUGUUCCUGCCGCCUAGUUCCGAGGCCGAGUAUCCCCAGAACUGGCCAAGAAGCUUUUCUUGCUUCGGUUUGAACACUGUUGAAAAAUGGACAGACAAGAAAGGAGCAAACGCCUCUUCCUGCUCCCUCCUUGAGAGCUGCCUCCUGAAGGGGGAGGAUCCAGGGCCUCUCCUUUGUGUGAGACCAGAGGAGCCUCUGUUAGAAGAGAUGGCGACGGGCCUGGGCCCCUUGUUGUUGGUCUUCAUGCUGGGUCUGGGUCUGACCCCACUGACCCUGGCUCUAGAAGAUUCCAAGUACAAACAGUUCCUAGCCCAGCACUAUGAUGCCACACCAAAGGGCCGGGAUGGCAGAUACUGUGACAAAAUUAUGGAGAGACGAGGUCUGACCUGCAAAGACAUCAACACCUUUAUUCAUGGCAGCAAGGGCAAAAUCAAGGCCAUCUGUGGAAAUAAGAAUGGAAACCCUCACAUAGAAAACUUAAGAAUGAGCAGGUAUCCUUUCCAGAUCACCACUUGCAGACACGUAGGGGGAUCCUCCCAGCCACCAUGUCGAUACCGAGCCACAACAGGAGUCAGAUUCAUCGUUGUUGCCUGUGAAAACGGCUUACCUGUCCACUUUGAUGAGUCCUUCCUCCGCCCGUAACCAGCAGACCCUUGGCCAAGAGCUGGCUCCUCUCUUCUUUCCUUGGGUUUCUCCUCCAGACCCCAGGACAGCGGUGGCAGCAUCCACUGCUAGGGGCCAAGAGAAUAAGCUACCUGGAUCUUUUGUUUUCUGUUUUACAGCAUGUUUAAUAAAUAAAAAUAUCUCUGAAAU